AUGGCAAGGUCAUGGCUGAUAACUGGUAGGGGAAUUGCUAAGAAAAUAAGAUACGCAGUUCCUAGCGCUAGUCGCCAAAUAAGUGAACUGAUUGCAGAAGCACGGAGGGAAUGCCCAAACUGCAGUUAUGUUAUUGAUAACAGCGAUGUUGCCAUGCAGUGGCCUGGGCUGCCUGCUGGAGUCAAGUUUGAUCCUUCUGAACUGGAGUUGCUGGAACAUUUAGAACAAAAAGUUGGUCUGGGAGGUUCAAGACCACAUGUGCUCAUUGAUGAAUUUAUUCCAACUAUAGACAAUGAUGAGGGAAUCUGCUAUUCACAUCCUGAAAAUCUUCCUGGUAUGAAAACAGAUGGUAGCAAUGCUCAUUUCUUCCAUAGAGCUUCAAACGCGUAUGGUUGUGGCCAGCGCAAGCGUCGAAGGAUCAUCAACUGCAGUGAUCACACUGUUCCUGAUGAGCAUGUGAGAUGGCACAAAACAGGGAGAUCCAAAGCCAUAUAUGACAAUGGUGUUAUAAAAGGUUGGAAGAAGAUACUGGUGCUGUACAAAACUUCGCAAAGAGGUGGAAAGCCUGAUAGAGCUAAUUGGGUAAUGCAUCAGUAUCACCUUGGAGAAGAGGAAAACGAAAACGACGGGGAGCUUGUAGUAUCUAAAAUCUUCUGCCAGUUGCCAAAUAAGAGUAUGGAAAUUUCUGAAACAGAAACUGCUUAUGAGGAACCUGAUGCACCUGCUUCAGUGAUUGGUCCGAAAACUCCAAAGACAAUCACACGGAAGCCACGCCAUCCUAAAAAUAGUCCAUGUGAAACUGAGCAGAAUAUUCCCAUCCUGCAGGAUCAGCUACUACUGGACGGCGAAGGCGAGCCUACCAUGCCUAUUGUUAGCCUGGAGGAUGAUGCUAUGAACCCUGCAUGGUGUGCUGUAGCUCAAGAACAGCAGGUUGUUGGAGAGGCAUCUCGGGCUCAGUCGAACCCAGAUGAACCUCUUCUUUGUCGUGAAGACCCAAAUUCCUUAAACGACGAAGCAUUGCUUCCCUGGGACUAUCCGAUUCUGUCCCAAUGCAAGGAUGAGAUGCUUGAUUGGAACCUGAAUGGAUACGGGUUGCCUGAUCUCCAUAAUGUGGAUCUUGGAACGCCUUCAGAUCUUCAGCUUGCUGACAUUCAGUUUGGUUCUCAGGAAAGCCUCGGCAGCUGGCUGGAUCGCAUCUAG